ACUCGUCUCUUAUUCGUUUUCGUCGUUCGACUGAAACAAGAAACUUCAUCAUCAUGUCUGGAAGAGGCAAAGGCGGUAAAGGACUCGGGAAAGGAGGCGCUAAGCGUCACCGUAAAGUGCUUCGCGAUAACAUCCAGGGAAUCACCAAACCCGCCAUUCGUCGUCUAGCUCGCCGCGGCGGCGUCAAGCGCAUCUCCGGUCUGAUCUACGAGGAGACCCGCGGUGUGCUGAAGGUGUUCCUGGAGAACGUGAUCCGCGACGCCGUCACCUACACCGAGCACGCCAAGAGAAAGACCGUCACCGCCAUGGACGUUGUGUACGCGCUCAAACGACAAGGACGCACCUUGUACGGCUUCGGAGGAUAAAAGACGACAACCACAAACCCAACGGCUCUUUUAAGAGCCACCCACACUCUCACUUAAAGAGACAAAAGUUUAAUUCUUGUUGGUGCUGUUCGUGA